AUGCCGAAUGCUCACUGGAAAUGCGGCGAAGGACUUGCCCUAGUAUAUGAAUCCGAGGGGAGCCUACAAUCUGCUGUGAACGAAAUGACUGCUGUGAUGACUCAGCUGGAGAGCUUGCCACGGGACGAAAAUGAAACCAAUAUCGUCACCAAUCUUCGGCGUCUGGGAGGCUGGCAAGUUCAACUUAGCCACAAUGAAGAAGCGAUUUCAGCAUACCGAGAGGUGGUGGAGCUUGAUCUUUAUGACUACGAGACAUGUUGGACGCUUUUGGGGUUACUCGUUCAGUGUCAACGGGCCCAAGAGGCUCUGGAACUGCUAACCCGCAUGGCCAAUCAAAGUGGCAAAGAGAGUGGCGCAACUCGCCUAGGGGAACUGUUGCUGAGUUUCUCGUCCGAGGACUUGGACUCAUUCGACGCAAUCUUCAGCGUGACGCGACGCGAAAAGCUUUUCAAGACACUACUGGAGACUAUGCUCCAAGCGGUUGAACUUGCUCGGAAGAAGGAGGACGAAUCGUCACUUGCGUAUCUUCUAUUCUUCUACGGAGUGGCAAUCGCCCACCCCAACUACGAAGAUAGACGUCCAGACGAGGCUCUUCGUUAUUGGGAGGAACUUUGUCGCAUGGGUUUUGGGAAGUACGGCACCUGGGUCGACACCGCUGUGAGCUUGACCGCCCGAUUCGUCUCUGCUCACCAUUUUUCACAGGCCUUAGCGGAGCACCAUGAGGGAAAGGACUCCACCUUUCAUAUCUCCAACAUCGAAGAACUUAUCCAACGGGUCCGUUCCGCCUGGUUCUACGACCACUAUGGGGUGGAGGACAAGGAACGACAUGGGGAUGCUUUGCUUCUCUUAUCUGACGAUGACCCGGACAACGACUGGCAAGGGUAUAUCGCCAUGGCGGAGGUAUUGAUGCAUGCCGGCGACGAUCUCAAUUCGUUGAGUGCCUGGACACUGCUCACCCCCAAGGACCUAGGUGAGGAGUCAGCUGGAGGAGAAACCACUGGCAGGGGAGACUGUCUCUUCAGUUGCGAUGGCAGUUGCGGCCGUAGAUGGUACUACGCUGAUGAUAUGUAUGUGUGCAAAAUGUGCCCGGACGUCGAAUUAGACGCUGGUUGUUUAGAGAAGCUCAAGAAGGGUACGCUAAAUCGGUAUAUUUGCGAUGUCAGUCACGACUGGCUGCACGUCCCGAGCUGGUCUUACGACAAUUACAUGGAGGUAGACAAUGGGAAGGUGGUUGUAGGGGGAGAGCUGGUUGACGGGAGACGAGUCGGUGGAGAGAUGGUUCCCAUCAAUGUGUGGAUUCAGGGGAUCUAUGACGAGUGGGGGAUACCGAAACCUGAGCAGGACGAGACUGAGCCCGAGCCUGCGCCAUCGCCUGAACCUGAGGAGGUUACCGUGACGAAGGUCGAAGUGGACUAG